GUGAGGCCGGUGUGGCUGCGGGCUGUGGGCGGCGCACAGCUUCAGUCUGGCGGCUCCUCUUCAGUCAGUCAGUCGGUGUGGAGGAGAGCGGACGGAGCGGCGCACCGGGACGCGGAUCUGUACUGAACAUACACUCAGAGAAAGACCACAACAGACUAACCGACCGACCGACCGGCAGGCAGGAGCGUAGCGGGGCAGCAUGGAGCUGUGAGGGCUGCGGGCCGACCGGGACCUGCUCCCCCCCCCAAAAAAUAUCACUGAUUUGAUUUGUUUAUUUACGGCAUCCGCGAGCUUUUCCCCCCCAACAUGGAGACUACAGGCUGCUGGCUGCUGCUGGCUGCUCACUUCAUCCUCAUCUGCCAACAAGCUGAAGGAUAUCCAUACAGGAAUCAACGCAAGUUCACAGAAGACAUCGACUGGUCGUACGCAGGAACAUUAAACCAAAACAACUGGGCCAAGAAGUUUCCAUCCUGCAGCAACGCCAAGCAGUCUCCCAUCAACAUCGAAGAGAACCUGUCCCAGGUGAAGCUGCAGUACCAGAAGCUGAGGUUCGACGGCUGGGAGAGCCUGACGACCGACGGCACGACCAUCAAGAACGAUGGCAAGACUGUGGCGGUGGAUGUGGACGGAGACUUCUAUGUCAGCGGAGGAGGCCUCAGGUCAAAGUUCAAAGUCGGGCGCAUCACGUUCCACUGGGGGCGCUGCAACGCCUCCUCGGAGGGCUCCGAACACAGUCUGGAUGGAGUCAAAUUCCCUCUAGAGAUGCAGAUCUACUGUUAUGAGGCUCAUCGCUUCGACUCUUUAGAUGAAACCAUCAAGGCCGGAGGCAGAAUCACAGCGCUCGCCGUGCUGUUUGAGACGAGUGAUGAAGACAACAUGAACUACGCCGCCAUCAUAGACGGUAUCAACAGCGUGAGCAGAUACGGAAAGAGCUCCGAGGUUUUGCCCUUCGCACCGCAAGGUCUCCUCCCGAACUCUACGGAGAAAUAUUUCAUCUACAACGGCUCUCUGACCACGCCGCCCUGCAGCGAGACGGUCGAGUGGAUCGUCUUCAAGAACACUGUGACCAUCUCAGACGAACAGCUGGAGAUGUUCUGCGAGGUGAUGACGAUGCAGCAGGCCGGAUACGUGAUGCUGAUGGACUACCUGCAGAACAACUACAGGGAGCAGCAGCAGCAGUUCAUGGGACAGGUGUUCUCCUCCUACACCGGCACCGAGGAGGUCCUCACACCAGUGUGCAGUUCAGAGCCGGAGAACAUCCAGGUGGUGCCGUACAACCUCAGCAGCCUGCUGGUGACGUGGGAGCGGCCGCGGGCCGUUUACGACGCCAGCAUCGAGAAAUACUCUGUCAGCUACGGGCUGGCCAAUGCAGAGAAGUCCGCCCCCUCUGAAUACCUGACCGACGGAGACCAGGAUGUGGGGGCGAUACUUGACGAUCUGUUAGCCAACACCAGCUACGUGGUCCAGGUGGUGGCGGUCUGCAACAACGGUCUGUACGGACGUGUGAGCGACACGCAGACGGUCACCAUGCCCGUCGACGACCCCGAAAAUGAAUCGGAUCCAGAUUCAGAAGAAUCUGACGAUGAGGGCAAUCCUGAACCCGAUCUGUCCUGGAAUGAAUCGGUCCAAACUGAGGAUUAUGAUCUGUUCUGGAUUCCUACAAACUCACCGAAGACCACGACUUCUGGAUCCUCUCUUUUACCCGUACCCAGCAUCAGAACCACCACAGCAGCAGCAGCAGAGUCGGGUCAGAGGAGAACCAGCACUGAUCCGCCUCCUCCGGUCAGAUCCACCCAGUUUGGUCAAGUCUUGAGCCCUUCUGAGGAGACGGUACAGCGCAGUGCCUCCAUGCAGCCAGCAGAGGUCACCCUGCUGCCAGAGAUCAGAGGAAGUGCUGACUUCAGUGGCAACGCUCCCUUUUUCUCCACCACAACAAGCAUUUCCACGUCCACUACUCCUUUAUACUCUGAUUCAAAGACAAAUGGUGGCAUCACAAAAUACUCCCCUGAAAAAGCCAAAGGUGGCGUUAGUACCACUAUGCCUACAUUCACCAGUACAAGCACAAAAGGUGGUAAAAGUAUUUCUUCAUACAGCACCUCCACGACCACAGUGGCGUCUCGUCUUGGCGACAUGGGCAGUUCAACAUCGUCAUCGUCCUUCAUCCAGGCCGAGGUCGACCGAGGAGGAGAAGACGCCACCACUGAUGGAGGCGUGUCCUCUGGUCCUGGAAGUCUUCCAGAGAGCCAGGCAGAAACCUCGACUUCCCAGCCUUCCUCCUCGAGGGAAGCCGUUCUACACCUGCCCACGACUCCCAGCAUGCCUCGUUUUUCGUCUACCAAGAACUCUGUCCGGUUAAGUGGCGUUCUCUUGCAGACCACCAAGCCGCUGUCUAAUGGUGAGCGCCCCUCUGUCCUCCCUCCCUCUUCUUCCUCCCCUCUGUGUGACACCGCGGACCCCGGCACAGCCCCCUCCACCUGCCUGCAUGACCCUCCCUUCUCAUCUUGGCCUGUAUUGUCUGCCUCAGACUCCCAGCAUGCCGCUAUCGCACAUAGCAAAGACCCAGCUUCCCCUUCAACCCCCACGCUCCCCGCCUCCACCCUGCCUCACUUCCCUCCCCCCUCGCAACCCCUGUCUGGUUGGGAGACUGACUCCAUCCUCCCCGGUGUCGGGUUCGACGAUAAUGAUAGCGAUGGUGAUUUAGUGUCUGGGUCUUGGUCUUCGUCGGGCUCUUCAGGUGACAUCUCGGCGUUUAGCGAUACCCCUCCACUCCAAACGGUGCCGGAUCCAUUUGGUACCACCGUCACCACCGAGUCCCCUGAAUCCCCCUGGGAUACGUCAGUCUCAAAAGUCUCCCUGUCUCUCAGCCCAACCCUCCAGCCUUCAGUUCUCCUCUCUAGUGACUUCACGCUUUCUGGCGCAACUCCGGGCUUAUCCCGAUCGUUCUCAGUUGGGUUUGAGGACUCGCGGUACGCCACGGGGAGCUCAAUAGACUCUUUUCUCCCUGAGGUCAGCAGUGAUGGGUUUUCUCUUGCUAGCGAUGUUGAAGCCAUGUGUGGCUGUUCUCUGGAGCCAUCAACAUCCUCGUCCUGGUUGCAUGCCUCUCCUCAUGUCCCUCUGCCGUCCUCCACCUGGGACUCUGCUAGCUUAGAUCUUUACUCUAGUGUGGCCUUCCCUUCAGCCUCUGGUGUCGGUAUAGACAACCCUCUGAGUUCUCUAUCUGUGGCGGGUUCUGAUGAGCUGUCCUUAGACCAGCCUUUGCUCUCUCAUAGUGCUAUCUCUCCUUCAUCGUCCUCUCCACACUCCCCUCUUCUCCAAGCCACCCAUAGUGACCUGCCCGUUUCUGUUGCAGCCACCACGUCUGGCGUCAGGGAUCCCUGGUUCUCUGCAUCAGACGGGAACUCCGCCCUCCAAACCUCUACCCUCCCUUCCUCACCCACAACCACCACCUUCACCCCCACCCCAGAAAUGCAGAUGUUAGACACUAGCAGUGGUGCUUCCAGCUCGGUCCUGUUCCCUGACUACCAGGAGGGCAUAGAUCAGGAGUGGGACAGGGCUCAAACCUCGGCAUCCGGGGAAAGCGCGCUCCCUUAUUCGACUAAAGUCACUAACACCGUUUCCCCGUCUACGACCUCGGGGUCCGGCCAGACACCGGAUGAUUUGGAGGAACGCUCCUCGGCGUUCUAUUUUGAAAACGAGAGCGGCAGCACAUCGGAGGUAGGAGGCAACGCAGCUCCAACCAUACCUGCGGUAGCCUCGGCUUCACCCUGGUCGCUGGGCGGAGAGGAGGAGAGCGGCUCAGGUCAGGGUGAAAGCCUGUACGACAACGAGACGUCCUCUGACUUCAGUAUCUCAGAGCGCACAGAAAGAGAGUCAGAGGAAGAGGAGCCAGUCGCAGACGCCAGUAACAGCAGCCAUGAGUCGAGGGUUGGCUUGAUCAGGGAAAGAGAGAGGAAGGCCGUGGUUCCUCUGGCCGUCAUCUCCACGCUCACCGUCUUCGGCCUGAUCGUCCUCAUCAGUAUCCUCAUCUACUGGAGGACGUGUUUUCAGACGGCUCACUUCUACAUCGACGACAGCUCAUCACCCAGAGUCAUCGCCGCACCGUCCACCGCUGCGUUAUUAUCCGACGAGCAGACGGCGUUUCCAGUGAAGGAGUUUGUCAAACACGUCGGCGAGCUUCACAACACGCAGGGCUUUCAACGAGAGUUUGAGAUACUGAAGGAGUGUUACGAGGAGGUGCAGGUGUGCACGGUGGACAUGGUGAUGACCACCGACAGCUCCAACCAUCCUGACAACAAGACUAAAAACAGAUACAGCAACAUCCUGGCCUAUGACCACAGCCGGGUGCGUCUCUCGCCGCAGGCCGACAAAGACGGGAAGACAAGAGAUUACAUCAACGCGAACUACGUCGACGAUUUUAAGAAGACCAGGUCGUACAUCGCCGCUCAGGGUCCUCUGAGGUCGAGCACCGAGGACUUCUGGAGGAUGAUUUGGGAGCAAAACGUCAGCGUCAUCGUCAUGAUCACCAACCUGGUGGAGAAAGGACGAAGGAAGUGUGAUCAGUACUGGCCCGCAGAGGUUCAGGAGGAGUACGGCGGCUUCCUGGUGACGAUGAAGAGCAGCAGAGUGCUCGCCUACUACACCCAGAGGACCUUCACUGUCAGGAACACCCACGCUAAAAAGGGUUCUCAGAAGGUGCACAGCAACGAGCGGACGGUGACACAGUACCAUUACACCCAGUGGCCCGACAUGGGCGUCCCGGAGUUCGCUCUGCCGCUGCUCAGCUUCGUCCGCAAGUCCUCCAGAGCCAGGACGGACGACAUGGGGCCGGUGGUGGUGCACUGCAGCGCUGGCGUCGGCCGGACGGGCACGUACAUCGUCCUGGACAGCAUGCUGAAGCAGAUGAGAGAGGAAAGCACCAUCAACAUCACAGGCUUCCUGAAACACAUCCGCACACAGAGGAACUACCUGGUUCAGACAGAGGAACAGUAUGUUUUCAUCCAUGAUGCCUUGGUGGAAGCCAUCUUGUGCGGAGAGACGGAGGUGACAGCGGCUCAGCUGCACAGGUUCGUGGAUGAGCUGCUGACCCCGGGGCCAGCUGGGAGGACGCGCCUGGAAAAACAGUUCAAGCUGGUUUGUCACUCCGGAGUGAAGCAUUGCGACUACUCUGCAGCUCUGCAGGACUGCAACCGCAGCAAGAACAGAAACUGCUCCGUAAUACCCGUUGAGAGGUCACGAGUGCGUCUGUCUACGACAGCGGGGGAAACAUCAGACUACAUUAACGCAUCGUACAUCACAGGUUACAGGCAGAGAAGUGAGUUCAUCUUGACCCAGAAUCCUUUGCCUGACACCAUAAAGGACUUCUGGAGGAUGAUAUGGGACCACAACGCCCAGGUCAUCGUGUCGCUGCCGGGGACACCAGCCAAUGGGGCGGAGGAAGAGGCGGAGCUGUGUGUCUUUUGGCCCCGCAAAGGGCAGCCAAUCAGCUACGAGAUGUUCACCGUCACUCAGAGGAGCGAGAAUCACAUCUGUCUGUCCAACGAGGACAUGCUGGUGGUCCAGGAAUACGUACUGGAAGCUACACAGGACGACUUCGUUCUGGAGGUGAAACACUACCGCGCCCCCCGCUGGCCGAACCCAGACAGUCCCAUCAGCAACACCUUUGAGCUCCUCAACCUGGUGAAAGAGGAGAGCGCUGCCAAGGAAGGCCCCACUGUGGUCCACGAUGAUGUGGGUGGAGUGAUAGCGGGAACGUUCUGCGUUCUGUCAUCUCUGACUUGCCAACUUGAGGCAGAAGGUUCAGUCGACGUCUUCCAGGUGGCCAAGCUGACGAACCUCAUGAGGCCAGGAAUCUUCAGCGACAUCGAGCAGUACCAGUUUCUGUACAAAGCCAUGCUGAGUCUCAUCGGGACGCAGGAAGACGAGAAAACCCUCCAGUCCUCCGACAACAACGGUACCAUUGUGGUGGGAACCGCCAGCACUGCCGAGAGCCUCGAGUCCCUGGUGUAACCGCCCAAAAAAACCCCACAAAGAACUCCUGUUUAACUUUUACAAAUGAGCAACAACAGCAUUUCGCCUUUUGUCCUUCCUCCUCAACCACCAACAGAACGUCUCCUGAUGCCAGACUCACGCUGCGACAGAUUUGAUCCUCGUUAUUCAGAACGUCCCGUGCUGUCGUUUGAGGUCGGCAUGUUCUGAACGAGUUUCUUCUUCGCUGGAUCUGGACUCCCUGCGAUUUUGUAAUGUGUGCCUUUUUGUAUUUUUCAUCCUGUACUUCUAACUUUGAUACAAGCUGUAGACUAACUGUCCAAUGUUUUAAUGCUGUACUGCCCUGAGACAUUUCACUCAACUAACACACUUUUCCUAAACCUUUGUAUUUAUUGGCACUGAGCCAAAUGGGGAAAAAAGGGAAAAAAAAAAAACUGCAUCUUUUUACAUCAAAUGAAA